CCACUUUUCCGGCGGCUGGAGCAAAAAUAAGAGGGGACGUCAUCACGUACCACAUGCAAUCUUUCAGGAUUGGCUACAGUAGCUGUGUUGGUGCGGGGAUCGGGGAUUUCUGAUGGGGGAGGAUCUGGAUCCUGCUGACAAAGCCAGCCACGGUGGGAGGGCUGACACGCUAAGACGUUGGGGGCCUGGCGCAACAGUUUGGUGUAAGUGGGGAUUGGAGUGGAGGAUUGAGCGAUCUGACGGGUUGGGUGGUGGGUGUGUGUGGGUGCUGAGCUAACGUUGACGACCGCUGUGUUGUUGGAUGAGAGAGAGUAGGGAUUUCGAUCUUUCUUUCUCUUACUACUCUUACGAUUCUCGAUUCUCGAUAUUCGCAUCUUCGAUCCUAUUUACGACGUCUACGAGGUCAUAGGCUCAGGCAGUACAGCAUCGAAGGACGGGCGCAUAACCUGCGACGCACGAUAAGAGAGUGGAGAGGAAACGUAGCGCAUCUGCCUUGCGCCCGUACCACUCACAAGCAGCAAGCAGCAUUUGUCGCGCAAAUUCUUAAGAUCGAGAAAGCACAUUUACUGUAGGGAGAUUACAGGCUUCGCCACCUGUGCGCAUAGAUACGGCAUCUGCGCAUAUCUACCUACGACCGGAACGAGAAAGUCACUACACAAAACAGAACAUGUCGCCGACGCCCCCUUCGACGGGGUCGUCCACGGGGAAUUCCCCGGAUACGCAGUAUCGCGUGGUGAGGAAGAGGAAUAGAGUCCCGUUGUCGUGUGCGCCGUGUAGGCAUAAGAAACUGAAAUGCAAUCGCUCGAUCCCCUGUGAGAACUGCAUCCGCCGCGGUGACGCUGCUGGUUGCGCCUAUGCGGCCCCAGGCCCGCGUCGCAAAGCUGCCCCCGCCGGCUCCUCACCAGACGACAUGCAGAACCGGAUCGAUCGCCUCGAAGGGCUCGUUCUCUCACUAAUGACGAACGGCUCGAAUGCACCAGGACCGACAGCAGCAGUGGCGGCGGUGGCGAGCGAGAGGAGUGGGAGUACCAGUACGAGCACAGCGGUGGAUGAUGGGGAGAUGGAGAAGAUUAAGGAGGAGGAGGACGACGGGGACGGAGAGGAAGGGGGAGAAAGCGAUGUGGACGCAGUGGCAAAUUCGUUUGGGGUGUUGAAAGUCGAUGCGGAGACAGAGAAGACGAUGUAUAUUGGAGAUUCGCAUUGGCACCUUGUGUUAGCUGACAUCGCGGAAGUUCGCAAUUACUUCACCAACCACAAACGCGAGCUCGAUAACCAAUACAAAAAAGUUAAUGAAACGAGCGCCGCGCGCUGGAUCCCGGAUUUCAUAUUCCAAGGGCUGGCACCCGCGACGGAGGCAGAACUGCGCGCCGGCCUACCGCCUCGCGCAAAGAUUGAGAAGCUCAUUGCGCGCUUCUUCAACUCGCUCGAUCCGUUCGUGCAAAUGCUGCACCACAAGACGUUCCAUGAGCGGCUCGAGGCGUUUUUCGCGGACCCGAAGAGCCAGAGUUUGGCGUGGAUUGGGCUGCUCUAUGCGACGCUGACGCUAGCGAUGCUGAGUUAUAGUAAGGUUGGGGAUGAGCCGCCGGAGUGGAAGGGGCGGACGAAUGAGCUGGCGGCGGAGUAUCGGGGAAGGACGGUCCAGUCGCUGGCGACGAGCGAUUAUACAAGGCCGAAUGUGUAUACGGUCGAGACGCUUGUUCUGUAUGUACAUGCGGAGUACAGUAGUAGACUUGAUGUCGAUUUCGGGCUGUAUCUCGUUGUAGGCACAGUCGUCCAGGUUGCGAUGAGAAUGGGAUACCACCGCGACGCCUCUCAAUUCACCAGCGUCUCCCCCUAUGAAGCCGAGAUGCGGCGCCGCGUGUGGCUCAUAAUCCGCCAAAUCGACAUCAUCUUCUCCGCGCAACUCACCCUCCCCAACCUCAUCAAGUCCUGCGACUGCGACACCCAACUCCCGCGUAACAUCUUCGACGACGAAUUCAGCACCUCCUCCACCUCUAUCCCCCCCGCCCGUCCCCCCACCGAAGCAACACCCAUGUCCUCCAUCCUCGCCAAGGGCCGCCUCGUCCUCAUGCUAGGAGCCAUAAUCGAAGAAACACAAUCCGUCUCCGGCCCCCAUGCCUCCUACGACACAAUCAUGAAGUGGGACGCCCGCAUCCGCUCCGCGCGCAUGACCAUGGAACCACACCUCCGCUUCCGAUCCCUCGAAGAAUCGGCUCUAGACCCCUCCUCGCUCAUCCUCCAGCGCUUCUACAUCGAAGUCCUGCACCAAAAGACCAUCUGCGUCCUCCAUCGCCGCUUCAUCGCGCGCGCACGCACGAAUCCCCGGUACACGUACUCGCGCCGCGCAUCCGUUGAUGCCGCCAUGGCACUCCUCCGCAUCCAGGCCACACUGCACCGUGAAGCCCAACCAGGGGGCAGGAUCAGCGAAGUGAUGUGGCGUCUCACGGCCCUCCAAAAGCACGAUUUCCUCCUGGGCGCCAUGAUCGUCUCCCUCGACCUCAACCAUGACCGCGGUGGCGGGCCCCACACCUUCUGGACCGCGGAGCAGCGCGCCGACAUGCUAUCAUCCCUAGAAACCGCGAUGGCGAUCUGGGAGGGCGACCAGGCAGCCAGCAUGGACUCGUAUAAGGGCGCCAAGGUACUAAAGAUUAUGGUUGACAAACUUAAGGCGCAGCAGAAUGAGGUGAAUCAGGAGGUGGAUGAGGAGAUGCAUCCGGAGCACUCAGCGGCGAUGACGCUGGGGAUGCUGUCGAGUGGCGGGGUUGCGGCGCCGCCGGCGUUCGUGGCGCCUAGUCCGGGGAGAUGGGGGGAGGGGUUUGGAGCGCCUAUGGAGGGGGUGGCAGGGGGUGAGUUGGGGCAGUAUUGGGGGGUUGGGGGAGGGGCGAGUUUGACUGACUUGCCUGAUAAUUUGGACUGGGCCGCUUGGGACCAGUACGUUCAGAUGGGCAGCGCCGUCGACCCUAGCCUACCUUACUUCCCGGGCGUGUAUGAUGCCAAUGCGCCGGAGAUGCAGAUGGAUCCCACGUCCGGGACGGGCUUCGGCGACGGCGUCUUCAUGGGCGCGCAUACCCCUGGUAGAGGGUAAGGGGCUUAUCCUCACCGUUGACACUGCAAGUUCUCAGCUGAGAAGCGGGGAUUUAUAUUGAAGAGACGCUGGAUAGAUGGAUCGAAUGGGACGAGAUAGGGAUGUAGACAAGCAGGGUCCCGGAUAUACCGGAUUCCCUCUUGGUUCCCUGAUAAGAUGACCGGUGUGUGCGUCAUCAAGGCGUUUAUUGGGUCGGCUGGGACGGCUGGCUGGGGUAAGUGUAUUACUACGAAACCUGAAGGAUUGGGAAGGAGAUUUCUCCACACUUGGGCGGGUAAAAUGGGAAUAUAUGGGAAACGGGAUGCAGCUGAGCAUGGGAUAUUUACUGGGGUGCAGAGUGGCUGGGAUAUGCAGGGGGAGAGGGAUUUAUGGGGAUUUUUGAUGGCUUAUUUGCUGUGGGGAAAGCGGGG